AUGUGUGAAACGGGAAUUCCAAAUGUAAACAAACACUUUGGUGGGUCCGGUGGUGCUGGUGAUUCUAGGACGCAAAGCAAAGCCGACCGUGGCAGCCAGGAAUCGGACGCGGAAACCUUCGUGAGUCAAACAGCAACAGCGGCGCCUUCGAAGGAGGGUGGUGCGGGUGCGAGUCGAGGUGAAGUGCUCAAAAAGGACAAGGCGAACUUCCUGCAGGAACUGCAGCUGUUCCACGACCGGAAUGGGAUGGGAGGUUGGAAUGUGGAUUCGCACCGGUUGUAUUCGGUGGUGGUGGCCCAGAAUUGGUGAUUGAAGGUCAAUUCCCGCGAGGGCUGGAACGAGAUCAUCGAAGAGAUGGCCCUGCUGAAGCGUUGCGUGAACAACGAGAUUGCGUUGAAGAAGAUAAACAUCCGGGUUUAGAACAAGUACGAGACAGGUGAUUUUCACGGUGAGGAGAAGGAGCCGACGAAGAGGAGGAUGACGAGAAGCGGGAUAAUCGGAGGUGGCCAGAGCGGAUGUUGCACUCGGUGCCGGCGGUAUACAACACCGCAACUAACCGCCCACAAAUGCUCAUCUCGCGACGGCGCAGCUCCAGCCGAAUGAACCUAAACAGCGUGCCGAAAAAAUCUGUGUCAUUCUCGAAGGAGGAUGAAGUGCUCGAAAUCGAAUUCCGUUCCGAGGGCCUCAUCAACCCAAUGUUCCGGAUGCGCUUCCAGAAUCUGGAACUCCCCGUUCAGGCACUUCACUUUCCAGCCGGGAAACGUCGAUCACCCUUGCCGAAUCUACAAUCAACUUCUCCAAACCUGUCCUGAUGAAGGCCGGCAGCAAGACCAUCCUGUUCUCUACUUUGCUGUCGCGCGUCGAAACGUCCAACCGGAGCUGUCCAGCUUGGGUCUUCGGAAGUGACCGGUGGCAUACCAUAAGAAUCGGUACAGCUUGGACUCGGAUUUUGGCCAGAAGUGUUAAAUACAAUAACAAAAUGUAUUUUUUUAACAUACUGUUUAAAAC